AUGUCGACCGGAAAGCUCUCUGCCGCGUCGUCCUUGCGCGUCUUCCUUGACGAAUGCAAGGCCGAGGGAGAUGUCGUGGAAAUCGAUAUCGAAGUCGAUCCCCAUCUCGAGUCUGGUGCCAUCACGCGCCGUGCAUACGAAACGGGCAGUCCAAUGCCGCUCAUCAACAAUCCCAAGGGCAAAGAUGGUCCGGACGGUCUCUUCCGCAUUCUGGGUGCUCCGGUGGGCGUUCGAAGUGAUCGACCACACAAAUAUGCGCGUUUCGCAAAGUCCAUUGGACUGUCCUCCAACGCAAGCGGCCAUGAUAUCAUCCAGAAACUCAUAGCCUCAAAAAGAGCCGACCCGAUCCCCUCCGUCGAGGUGCACGAUGCACCACUCAAGGAGUACAAGAUCUUUGGCGAUGACAUCGACCUUUUGAAGCUGCCGGUCCCGCAGAAUCACUCCCACGACGGAGGCAGAUAUUUUCUCACCUAUGGGCUGCACAAUGUUCAAACUCCAGACGGGAAAUGGGUCAACUGGUCCAUCACCCGUUGUAUGGUGAUCGGGAAACGACAAUUGACCGGCCUCGUCGACGUGAAGCAGGACAUUGGGGCCAUCUGGGCGAUAUGGAAGGCCCAGGGAAAAGACACCCCCUGGGCUUGCGCCCUUGGUGUUCCGCCAGCCGCCGCCGUAGCUAGUGGCAUGCCACUCCCCAAAUUCGUGAACGAGCCGGAUUAUGUUGGGGCCAUCACAGGAGUUCCGAUGGAGGUCAUCAAGUGUGAGACGAAUGAUCUUCUCGUGCCGGCACAGGCUGAGGUGGUUCUUGAAGGAACUAUCUCCGCAAACGAGACGGCGGUUGAAGGACCCAUGGGAGAAUAUCACGGAUUCAUCUUCCCGAGCAAGAAAGCACCAGCCCCAGUGUUCACGGUCAAUGCGAUUACCUAUCGCAGCAACCCCAUCGUUCCGAUCACUGUCGCCGGUCGUGCUCCCGACGAAACUCACACGGUUUGGGCCAUGUCGAUCUGCGCCGAAAUUCUCGACUUGUUGCAGCAAGAAGGCCUCCCGAUCACCAAGGCCUGGUGCCCAUACGAGUCCCAGGCCAUCUGGUACGUGGUCCAGGUCGAUCGGAAGAGGCUGGUUGAGAUGAAGACCACGCCGGAGAAAUUCUGCCGCCAAGUCGGAGAGGUCGUGUUCUCUUCCAAACCCGGGCGGUUUGUGCCCAAGAUCUUCGUUGUUGGCGACAACAUCGAUCCCAGUGACUUGCAUGAGGUCGUCUGGGCGGAAGCGACCAAGUCCCAGCCACAAGACAGCGACUUCUUCUUCGUCGGCAACUAUCCCACCUACAAGCUAGUGCCAUACGCCACCUACGGCCCCAACCCGCACGAGCCACAAGCCAAGGUCGUCCGAUUGUGCAUGCUGCCGGCCGAAUUUGAGACACUGGACCGGCCAUGGGUUGAGGCUUCUUUCCGUGCGUCUUACCCGGAAGAAAUCAAGCAAAAGGUCCUGGGCAACUGGCGGGCAUACGGGUAUGAAAAAGGAGAUCCCGCUAAGAUAUGA